AGGGUAUUUUUGUGCGAUAGGCAAAACUUAUCGGCGUUUGACCGCCUCCGUUUCAUCUGUGAUUUGAUUGAUUUAAAUCAAAACAAAACAUUAGGAAAAAUGCGUCUAACUUUGAGCCGGCUUGCCAGCCUUACGCCAAAGCUGAAGGAACUGCGCAUCGUACUGGAUCCUGCCGGCGAAGCCUCCAAAGGAGCGAGGGAAUUCGUGCAGAAAUUCUAUCCCAAUCUAAAGAAGGACAACCCAAAUCUGCCGAUACUGGUGCGCGAAUGCUCCGGCGCCCAGCCAAGACUGUGGGCGCGCUAUGAUAAAGGCAAGGAAAUCUCCGUGUCGCUGACUAACCAGGCGGCGCCCGACAUUCAGAAACAGCUGGAAGCGGUGGGCAGGUAAACGGAGACGCCAAAUGCUUAUCCAGAGGGGCACGAAACCACUUGUAGGCGAUAUUAAAGCUCAAAAGACAGAAAAA